GCCCGCCACCUUCCUCGUCAUCCACACCCAAAGUCUCAAAAACCCUACCUGCAACUCUCGACUUCGCUGCAGCAAUGGCCGAGUCGACUCAGCUACAGCAAGCCCAACUGGGGACGAUUCUCGGUCCCGACCCCGCCCCUUUCCAAACUUUAAUCGCCCACCUCAUGUCCUCCGCCAAUGAGCAGCGCUCCCAGGCCGAGCUCCUCUUCAACCUGUGCAAGCAGACCGAUCCCGACUCCCUCUGCCUCAAACUCGCUCACCUACUCCAGUUCUCUCCCGCCGCCGAGGCCCGAGCAAUGUCCGCCAUUCUCCUCCGCAAGCAGCUCACUCGCGACGACUCCUACCUCUGGCCCCGAUUGAAUCCGACUACCCAAUCCUCGCUGAAGACGAUUCUCCUGACCUGUAUUCAGCAGGUGGAUAACAAAUCCAUCUCCAAGAAGCUCUGCGAUACAAUUUCCGAGCUCGCCUCCGGAAUCCUGCCCGAUAACGGGUGGCCGGAGCUCCUGCCGUUCAUGUUCCAAUGCGUCUCGUCCGAUUCGCCCAAGCUUCAAGAAUCGGCGUUUUUGAUAUUUGCUCAGUUAUCGCAGUAUAUCGGCGACACCAUGGUGCCGCACAUAAAGGAGUUGCACGCCGUGUUCUUGCACAGCCUGGGGAACUCGCCGAGCCCUGACGUUAAAAUCGCAGCUUUGAACGCCGUCAUUAAUUUCAUUCAGUGUUUGACAAGCUCUGGCGAUAGGGACAGGUUUCAGGACCUGUUGCCGGCGAUGAUGAAGACGCUGAUGGAGUCUUUGAACAACGGGAACGAGGCCACAGCACAGGACGCUCUUGAAUUGUUGAUUGAAUUGGCAGGGACUGAGCCGAGGUUCCUCAGGCGGCAGAUUGUGGAGGUUGUUGGGGCAAUGCUACAAAUUGCCGAGGCGGACACCUUGGAAGAAGCAACCCGGCACUUGGCAAUUGAGUUUGUAAUCACCCUUGCUGAGGCCAGGGAACGUGCUCCAGGGAUGAUGAGAAAGUUGCCGCAGUUCAUAAGCCGAUUGUUUGCCAUUUUGAUGAGGAUGCUUCUGGAUAUUGAGGACGAAGCCUCAUGGCAUACAGCUGAGAGUGAAGAUGAGGAUGCGGGUGAGAGUGGUAAUUACAGUGUUGGGCAGGAGUGUUUAGAUAGGCUUGCCAUAUCUCUGGGUGGGAAUACCAUUGUUCCCGUGGCGUCUGAGCAGUUGCCCACUUAUUUGGCUGCCCAUGAGUGGCAGAAGCACCAAGCUGCUUUGAUUGCUCUCGCUCAAAUUGCAGAGGGUUGUGGCAAGGUAAUGAUUAAAAAUUUGGAGCAAGUGGUAGCAAUGGUCUUGAACUCAUUUCAAGAUCCACACCCUCGUGUAAGGUGGGCAGCGAUUAAUGCAAUUGGGCAGUUGUCUACAGAUUUGGGUCCAGAUCUGCAAGUUCAAUAUCACCAAAGGGUGCUCCCGGCAUUGGCUGCAGCUAUGGAUGAUUUUCAGAAUCCCCGUGUUCAGGCACAUGCUGCUUCAGCAUUGCUCAACUUCAGUGAGAAUUGUACUCCGGAUAUUUUGACACCUUAUUUGGAUGGAGUAGUGAGCAAAUUGCUUGUACUUCUGCAGAAUGGCAAACAAAUGGUGCAAGAGGGAGCCCUUACUGCUUUAGCAUCUGUUGCCGAUUCAUCUCAGGAGCAUUUCCAAAAAUACUAUGAUGCAGUUAUGCCUUACCUGAAAGCUAUCUUGGUGAAUGCAACUGAUAAGUCUAACCGCAUGCUUCGUGCGAAAUCGAUGGAGUGCAUUAGCUUGGUUGGAAUGGCUGUUGGAAAGGAUAAGUUUAGGGAUGAUGCGAAGCAGGUCAUGGAAGUGCUGAUGGCUUUACAAGGAUCUGGAAUGGAGGCAGAUGAUCCAACUACAAGUUACAUGCUACAGGCAUGGGCAAGACUCUGCAAGUGCUUAGGACAAGAUUUCCUCCCCUACAUGAGUGUUGUAAUGCCUCCUUUGCUUCAGUCUGCUCAACUUAAGCCAGAUGUAACCAUUACAUCUGCAGAUGACAAUAGUGAUAUUGAUGACUCUGAUGAUGAAAGUAUUGAAACAAUUACUCUUGGGGAUAAGAGGAUUGGAAUCAAGACUAGUGUCCUAGAGGAAAAAGCUACCGCUUGCAAUAUGCUUUGUUGCUAUGCUGACGAGUUGAAAGAAGGAUUCUUUCCUUGGAUUGAUCAGGUUGCCCCAACUUUGGUUCCACUUCUUAAAUUUUAUUUUCAUGAUGAAGUUAGGAAGGCAGCUGUUUCAGCAAUGCCGGAGCUGCUGCUUUCUGCAAAAUUAGCCAUAGAGAAAGGGCAAGCUCAAGGUCGUAAUGAAACCUAUAUAAAACAAUUGUCUGACUACAUUGUUCCAGCUCUGGUGGAAGCAUUACACAAGGAACCUGAUACAGAAAUCUGUGCAAAUAUUUUGGAUGCAUUGAAUGAAUGUUUACAGAUAGCUGGACCACUUUUAGAUGAAGGCCAGGUCAGAUCCAUUGUGGAGGAGAUAAAGCAGGUGAUCACUGCCAGUUCAAGUAGAAAAAGAGAAAGAGCAGAAAGGACCAAAGCAGAAGACUUUGACGAUGAGGAAAAAGAGCUAAUUAAAGAGGAAAAUGAACAAGAGGAAGAAGUUUUUGAUCAAGUGGGAGAAAUCUUAGGAACUCUGAUUAAAACAUUUAAAGUCUCUUUCUUACCUUUCUUUGACGAGCUAACAUCAUAUCUAACACCAAUGUGGGCCAAGGAUAAAACACCUGAAGAGAGAAGGAUCGCUAUAUGCAUCUUUGAUGAUGUUGCGGAGCAGUGCCGUGAAGCAGCUUUAAAAUAUUAUGACACAUUUCUUCCUUUUUUAUUGGAGGCCUGCAAUGAUGAUAACCCUGAUGUUCGACAGGCAGCUCUAUAUGGACUUGGUGUCUGUUCAGAGUUUGGCGGAAUAGUAAUUAAACCCCUUGUCGGCGAGGCUCUUUCGAGGCUAAAUGCUGUGAUUCAGCAUCCUAAUGCUCUGCAAGCUGAAAAUGUGAUGGCAUAUGACAAUGCUGUUUCUGCUUUAGGAAAAAUAUGUCAAUUUCAUCGUGACAGUAUUGAUGCAGCUCAGGUCAUUCCGGCAUGGUUGAACUGUUUACCAAUUAAAGGUGACUUGAUUGAAGCCAAAGUUGUCCAUGACCAACUUUGUUCUAUGGUUGAGAGGUCUGACAGAGAACUUUUGGGUCUCAACAAUCAGUGUCUUCCCAAAAUUGUUGCCGUGUUUGCUGAGGUUCUAUGCGCGGGCAAGGAUUUAGCAACGGAACAAACUGCAAGCAGAAUGAUUAAUCUGUUGAGGCAGCUUCAGCAGACUUUGCCGCCAGCUACAUUGGCCUCAACGUGGUCCUCCUUGCAACCUCAGCAACAGCUUGCACUGCAAUCUAUCCUCUCCUCAUAAGUGAUUGUGCAUAUUUCUGCUUUGGGAUACACGGAUCCUGUCUUGUGUGGUAAUUAUGUCACCAAUUCUUCUCCUUAAGAUGGUUCCCGUAGGUUGGUUUUGCAAAGCGUGGAAGUCAUCAUUGCGAUUUGAUCGUAUACUCCUUUUGGUAAGAUGUGUACAUGCAGGUGUUAAUUAUUAGUGCAAUUUUGAGUCUUAAGAGAAAAGAAGUGUAGGUGAUUGUUGUUGGUGAGGGUUGUUUUUGUGGGCGCACGCCUGAGGUUCGGGAGUGUUGUUGGUCUACAAAUUCUUGUUGCAUUUCUGGUCUCCUUGUGUUUUAAUGUAUUCUAUGCCUACAUUUUAUAGCGUGAAUCUGUUGACUAGAGGUUGAGAGGUUGAUUCUUUCAUUGUGUUGGCAAUUUUGAUCGCAAAAGGCAAUAAAUUUGGCCAUGCUUUUUACAGUGGUA